AUGCAGGUCACCAUGCCCGAUGAGCGGACUCCUUUGGUGAAGGAUGCAGAGUCCCAGAAGUCCAAGCCACUUGGCAUUUCAAAACUUCUUGCUGGGCUGGUUGGCGUUUUCCUAGCCAGUGCAGAUAAAUCUAUUCUGCUAACGACACAAACCCAAAUUGCAUCUUCACUACAUUCUCCUUCUAAUGCGGCAUUGUUGUUGGUGUCAUACAAUCUUGGGUUUUGUGUUGCGCUACCCGUGAACGAACUCUACAUUAUCUUCGUACUGACAUCGAAUUCUAGCGGCGCUGUCGAUACAUUAUGGCCAUUUGCUUUUGGUCGAUUUGUGGCGGGUAUAGGAGGUGCUGGUAUGACGGACUUACUUUCUGUACUCGUUAAUGAGGUUUUCGACGUCUCAGAGAUCGCCUAUGUGCGAAGCUAUAUCAUUGCUGCCGACAUCUUUGGCCAGGGGUGUGGAGGACCACUGGGGGGCGUUAUUACUGACAGGGUCGGCUGGAGAUGGGCUUUGCUCGGCCAAUCGCCAAUUGGAAUGCUUUGUUUGGUCCUAGCAUAUUUCCAACUUCCGAAAAUUCCCAAGAAUCAUCAUAAGGAGUCUAAGCUGAGCUUAUGGAACUUUGACUAUUGGGGGCUUGGAGCAUUCACCAUUUCAGCUACCACAUUUGUUCUGGGGACCACUGAUGGGAAUUCAGCCUUGGAUGAUAAUAAACCAGCUUUAUUUGCCACUUCGGCUAUCUUUCUGGUGCUCUUGAUCGUCAUUGAAAAAAUGUCGUCUAGACCGAUUAUUCCUCCUUCCAUUAUUGCUGCACCCAGCGUACGAGGCAUUUUCCUGGGACAGUUUUUGUUCUUCAUAAAUGUCAGCACAUUUAUGAAUAAUCUUCCACCCUACUUAGCCCACAUAGACCACCUCACUAAUACAGAGAUUGCCCUGCGAAUAUGGCCAACAGGACUCGGUUUGAUUCUUGGCUCUAUGAUAGCUGGAAAGGUUCUGAGAACGUCUGCAAGAUAUCGCAGGGAGUCCCUCAUUGGGGUAGGAAUUUGUUCUAUAUCCCUUAUUAUUAUGGUCAUUCGCUGGGCAAAUGGCAUCAAAGGAUUCGAGAUCUAUUAUUCCUUCCCCUGGACUGUAGGAGGUGGAAUCUUACUCUCGGCGCAGUUUGUUGCGCUGGCCGUACGGUGUCCUGACCAAAUGGCCAAUGCUACCGCAAUUUAUUGCCUAGUGCAGCAAGUUGGCCAGAUAGUCGGAACCAGCGCUAGCACCACAGUCCUACAACAGCUCUUCGGCCUCCGGCUAGGCGUCAAUUUGAGUGACGCUUUACCCGAAAAGACUCAGAUCAUUCAAAAACUUCUCCAAAACUACGGCUCUAUUACAGAUUUGCCUCAAGUCCUGCAAAACGUCGUUCAAUCUAGCUAUAUCGAGGCUUUUCGUUUAAUUCCAGCUUUGUCGGCGAUCUUGACCAUUACCUGCGGCGUCCUUAUUCUCUUCUCAUAG